GUGAGUUUGGAGAAGUAUGCAGUGGACGUCUGAAGACACCAGGAAAAAGAGAGAUACCUGUUGCAAUUAAAACUCUAAAAGGUGGCUAUGUGGACAGGCAGAGAAGAGAUUUCCUGAGAGAGGCUAGUAUCAUGGGACAAUUUGAUCACCCAAAUAUAAUUCGCCUUGAAGGAGUUGUUACAAAAAGAUCCUUCCCGACCAUUGGGGUGAAGUCUCUUUCGAGAUUCCUGAGGGCGGGAUUUUUAAAUAGCAUCCUGGCCUCACAUCCAGUGUCAGGGGGUGGAUCUUUACCCCCCAGCAUUUCCUCUGGCAGACCAGUAAUGAUUGUAGUUGAAUACAUGGAGAAUGGAUCCCUAGACUCCUUUCUGCGGAAGCAUGAUGGCCACUUCACUGUCAUCCAGCUGGUUGGCAUGCUGCGGGGGAUUGCAUCUGGCAUGAAGUACCUCUCAGACAUGGGCUAUGUACACCGAGAUCUGGCAGCACGGAAUAUCUUGGUCAACAGCAACCUCAUGUGUAAAGUCUCCGAUUUUGGUUUGUCACGAGUGUUGGAGGACGAUCCCGAAGCUGCUUACACAACAAGU